CGAAUCGCGCGACAUCCUAGCCAAGAGAACCACCGCCAACCAUCGUGCCCCAGCCCCCGACCUCGACGGCCCAUCACCACUCCCCUUCACCACUCGCCAUGGCCUCGCCCGACGUCGCCGCCGUCACGGCGCUCCAGGUCAACGGCGUCACAGUAUUGUCACGUCCCGACUCACCAUCUUCAAUCAAUUCCUCCACUAAGCGGAAGCGCGAUUCAAGUGACGACUCCUCACAAGUCAAUGGCGCCGAUGCGGCAAAGGCUCAGGUUAAUGGAGCGCAUCAUCUCUCUGACCAGCAGCCACUUAUCCGCGAUUUCUUUGAUGUUUUGAAAAGCCUCGACAGCUCCGAUCUUGGCAUUCUUGGCCGUCCGCUGCCUGAUCCCCUUUCUGAUGGCGAGCCGGCGGCAAAGCGGGCCAAAUCCGAAGACAGCAGUAAACCUCUUACCAUCACCGACAAGACUCUACAGGGCGCCUACAGCGCUCUGGACGAACUUGUCUCCGACGUGUCCCAAGUUGUCAACGCUCAGGUCAGGGAUCUUGAGGCUGCGUCUGGGUCCGAAGUAGACGACACCAAAACUGAGAAUGCCAUUGCCAAGGCUGUCGCGUUCAAGAGCAAGGCCAUCGAUCUCGCCCGGAGGGAGAUGGCGUAUCCAUAUGUUCCCAAGGCGCUGCCUCCGAAGAUUAGCCCUAGGGAGCCGCUUCCGCUGAGUUCCACUGGCGGUCUUGUCCUGACAACCGUCGGCGCCGCUCCGACCUUGAAGCCGCUUUUUACUAGCCUUCAACAUGCCGCGACCCCUGACGGAGUACUCAAGUCGAUUCCCGAUGGCUUACUGCCGAAUGGCGUCACUACUACACAAAUACUUCCAGAUGGCCCUGCUUCGACUGAAAAGAAUAACCGCCCUCUGACUCUCGGGGAGCUUUUCCCAUCUCCUCGGAAUCUGCCACCUUUGCAGCCUCCUAAGGUGCCAAAAACCACGACAAAGAGCACCGUUUUGACUUUCUAUCACCCGGAACUUACCGAGAAGUCGAAGUACAGGACGGGCACCUACUUCUCACAAACCAUAUCGACGGGCAAUUGGCUGGACUAUAGCAAUGCAACACCAACUGCGCAUGUGAAAACGAAACAACGAGAACGGGCCCAGAGCCUCGCAGGGCAUAAACCGUCCUCGACCGAACUUGAAAUGUCCGAAAUGGAAGCCCUAUUCAGGGGUGCUUUCUCUAGCUUUGCUCCUUGCAAAGACGACUCGGCUGCAAUCGUUCCAUCCAGCCAAGUCAGCCGGAUAUGGUGGCAGCGAGUUGGUCGGAGAAAUUUUGACAAGAUACUCGACUCGGACGCUGCUGAAGACGAGAAUGAAGAUGGGCCAGUGUCCGACUCGGUUCUCUCUAUAGAAAUCGACGAAGAGCAAGUUAAAGCGGCCAUUGAGGAGUGGGACGAUAAUGCGAUCGACCCAAGUCUCGAUCAUGUUCUAGGCAAGAAGUUGGACGAAGACAAGGAGAUUGACGAUCUUCUCGAAGAAGUCUCAGACCUGAUUGAGACUCUUGCUUCUUACCAGCGCAAUCGCAAUUUGACUUUGCCCACCAGUCAAGACCGAUACUCGGCAGAUCCGGUCAACGGCGAUAUGCUCCGCAACGGUAGUCUCUCCCAUCAACCGAGCGAGGAGGAGAUGAUGACGUAUCAGACGCUGAAGUCUCAGCUAUCAUUGAUCAUUCAGACCUUACCGCCGUAUGCAGUUGCUCGGCUUAACUCGGAUAAGCUUGAAGAACUGAGCGUGAGCACGAAGAUUGAGGUCCGCACGGAUGAGUAUAGGGGUGUCAUGGAGGAAGACGAGCCGGCGCGUCUUGCGCGCCAGGCGGCACAAGCGGCGGCGAGCAACAGCCAGCGUCAAGCGCACAGGGCACCAAGCGUUUCUGCCACUACCCCGUACGCUACGCACCAAUUUCCGACCCAGUUUGCCACUGCAGCCCGUCCCAUUGCGAACGCCCAGCAUUAUCCGCAAACACCAUCCCGUUCUCAACCCAUGUUUCAACCAAGACAGCCGUCAACGGUUCCCAUCCCGCAACCCCAUCACCAGCCACAGCAGCGCCCACCUCCCCAAAACCAGUAUCGGCCACCGAACAGCUACGGAUUCACACCGCAGCUUGCCAAAGCCCAAACACCAUAUGGCCAUACCGGAAUGCCUCAGUACGCUUCCAGUCCCACCCAGCCACGAAUGUCGCCCCAUCCCGGCUACAACCAAGGACAGGCAGGCAACCAUAGUCCCCGGUAUCCACCUGGAUAUCCUGGGGGUUACCCUCAGCAACAGCCACAGAUCCAUCCUCAGCACCAACCGCAGCCACAGCAUCAGCAACUCGGCCAGCAUCACCCACACCCGCAGCACCAGCAACACUUACAACAACACCCACAACACCAGCCACACCCGCAGCACCAGCAACUGCAACAGCACCAGCAGCUCCCGCAACACCAGCAGCUCCCGCAACACCAGCAGCUCCCACAGCAUCAGCAGCAUCUCCCACACAUUCAGCACUCGCCCCACCAUCCACCACUCGCUCAACACACUCAACACCUCCCACAACAGCCGCCCUAUUCUCCGUAUGCAAACGGAGGGCACGGGGCCAGAACAAUCUCACCGCAGGUACAACAAGUAAAUGCAUAUGGGCAAUCCCCGACGCCACCUCCACAGCACCAGCAACUUACGCGUUCGCCUUACGGAGGCCAAAUGCACGGCAUGCAGCCCAACCCGGCUCAACGUCAGUAUCCCGGUACCCAGCCUGGCAUGAUGCCAGGCCAAGGCGGUAGGCCGGCAGGUCUGGUAGGGUAUGCUACAGUAAUGCCGGAAGUCCAGCAGCGGCAAGUGAUGGAACAGGCCCGGGCUCGAGCGGACGCCGAACAGCGAGUCAGCGGGCACAUGGGUAAAGUCACGCAGGGCGAGGUGGUCGGACUAGCCGGUAUUGGUCUUGGCGGUAAUGUUGACGUUCACAAGAUCGCUGCUGCCAAGGCGAUGCACAUGGGGAACAACAUGUCACCAAGUCCCAAGAUGCCCAUCCACGGAGGGCCAAGCCCCGUCAAUGGCGCCAUGAAUAUCCCGCCGCCUGCCCGAAGUCCUUUUUCAGUCCACCCAAACAUGGCAAGCCCCGUGUCGGGUCCAGGGUUCAAGCCUCCGAUUUGAAAGAGCCAUUUCAACAAGGCUUGAUGGCACAAGUGCGAUACUCUACGUAGGUAGCUCGUUGGGAAUAAUGGAUUCUGGAUUAAGAUUUUCUUAUGGGAUGGAGUGAUGGAUGGGCAAGGAGCGUUUUGCUGAGAUUCUUUUUUUCCAUUUCCAUUUAUUUUGCUUUCUUUCUUUUCCUUUUGGGGUUGGAGAAGUCAAUCUCUUUCAUCAUCGUCACAAGGAGACAUGCUAUGAUGAGGAGUCGGUAAGGGUUUCAAAUUGGUGGUCGUCCUAUUGGCAACUACUGCCACCUUGUUUUGUUGCUAUGGCUGAUUAGGGUAGACUAACGUCGGCGGUAAGACAGAU